CGACUAUUUAUCUGCCAAUGUCCGAGGCUACCAGCAGAACUGCCCUAAUCCAGUGUCAACCUCAAUAUGUCACCUUUAGGCCAAGUAUCUCUUAAUCAUCCAUAUCGCCGUCUUAAAAUCCCUAGAAACGUACCAUUAGAGCUACGUCCGUCGUUGGGCCAAGGAUGGGGAGCUUUCGCCACAAGACGCAUCGAGCGAGGGUCCCGGAUUCUAAGCGAAAAACCACUUUUCAUCAUCCGGAAACCCCAUACAGACAUCACAGAAGAGCAUGUGAGAAUGGCAUUUCAGGAAUUAUCACCCAGUCAGCAAGCAGAAGUUCUACUACUUCGGGAUAAUGGGUCGAUGGCUUUUCCGAGUUUGAACCAAGCCUUCGCGGAGAACUCUUUCUGCAUCACAACAGCAGACCCUGACAGGCCUCCUGCUUAUGGCCUGUUUCCUCUUCACUCCCGUUUCAACCAUUCAUGUAUUCCAAACUCAAAGAUUCCCGUUACUAAGGGAGAGACGAUUUCAAUUUUUGCGACUCGGAACAUAGACGCUGGUGAAGAGAUCACCUUCUGUUACGAGUCCGAUUUUGAGUGCAGAACGAGAUAUGAACGUCACGAAGCCUUGCGCUUUACAUGUAAUUGCAUGGCCUGCCUCCCCGGCACUCCAUUUCAACAACUUAGCGACAUGCGGCGACGAUUGAUCCGAGGAUUGCAAUAUCUUACCCUUGGCGUCGACAUCAACGGGCAAAGACAGAGUUCGCAUUCUUCAAUAAUAGUCGACUCCGAGCUGAGAAAUGCGGCGGAGACUUUCAGCAUACCGAUCUCCUGUAGAUUUAUCUAUACUCUCUUGACAAUUUUCUUGAUCGAAGAAGAGGGUUUACUGGAUGAUUUCCUCGUCGAAAGGCUAAGACCAGGUUUGGUCGCGACGGCGGGCUUGUUUACUCUGGAGAGCAAUUGUAGUAUUGCUAGACUCGCCAUGAACCAGGGGAGCUGGCUGGAAAGAUUGCUUGUGGGAUUUGAGCUAUAUGGGCGGAGAGAUACGGCCGACCACGAGGUUAUUCUAGCGUUACAAAAAGUGCGUCUAGUUACUUGAUGCAAGUGGGGAACGAGACAAGUCGAUAUUCUCGACAAGCGAGUAGAUAAUUAUUCAAAAUAGUCAUUCCCUGAGUUCUUAUCACUUAGGCGCUAGAUGUGCCUCGAAUUUC